AUGGCACCUUCUGCUAUCGCCAUUGAAGAAACCAAUACGACAGUUCUGACUGACAACCAAAUCGACAAGGUCGAUUUUGUCGAAACUAAUCAUGGCGUUGAAUCCGAUGUGACUGGUCUGGCCUCCAAGGCGCUGAUCCAGAAAGUCCUCAAGGAGCAGAUUGCUCGUAUCGAUGUUGACACCUGCGAGCCCGGCGAGGAAGAUGCAUUUUAUGUGGCGGAUCUGGGGGAAGUGUACCGUCAACAUCUACGCUGGAAAUUGAACCUGGGCCGAGUCAAGCCCUUCUAUGCGGUCAAAUGCAACCCGGACAAGGAAGUGCUCCGCCUCCUGGCCAAAUUGGGCACUGGAUUCGAUUGUGCGUCUAGGGCCGAGAUCGACCUGGUAUUGGGGCUUGGCGUUUGUCCGAGUCGCAUCAUCUAUGCUCAACCGUGCAAGACCAAAUCGUACUUGAGACACGCUCGCAAGGCUGGCGUCAGCUUGAUGACCUUUGACAAUACCGACGAGCUGCACAAGAUCAAAGAGUGCUAUCCCGACGCUGAGCUGGUGCUCCGAAUCUUGACGGAUGACUCAGCAAGUGCUUGCCGGCUCAGCACAAAGUACGGGGCCAGUCUGGAGUACGUCGAGGAGCUGCUCUGUCUCGCCAAGGCACUGGACCUCAAUCUGGUCGGCGUCAGCUUCCACAUAGGCUCCGGAGCGAGCGAUCCGAACUCUUUCGACAAGGCGGUUAGAGACGCACGCCACGUGUUCGACCAAGCGGCCCUGCUGGGAUACGAUUUCAAGCUGUUGGACGUCGGAGGCGGCUUCGUCGACGAGACAUUCGAAACCUUUGCGGGUAAUCUCCACGAGGCGCUCGAGGAAUACUUUCCGGCCAAUGUCCGUGUGAUUGGCGAGCCUGGCCGCUAUUAUGCCUCCAAUGCCUUCACGCUCGCCACGAACGUCAUAGCGAGACGCGAAGUCGCGGUCAAUCACGAAGGUGGGAAAGGGUACAUGCUCUACCUCAACGACGGCGUCUACGGCAACUUUUCCAACAUCAUCUUCGAUCACCAGCACCCCGUCCCGCAGGUUUUGUCCGUCGCACCCGGCCGCGGCCAGGAGAUGAUCGAGUACUCCAUCUGGGGCCCUACCUGCGAUGGCAUCGACGUGAUCACCGACCGCUAUUUCUUGCCUGGCGUGGUCGAGAUCGGCGACUGGUUGUACUUUGAGAACAUGGGCGCGUACACCCGGUGCUCGGCUACCAAGUUCAACGGAUUUAGUGAUGACCACGAGGUCAUUUACAUUUCCAGCGAGCCCGGUGCCUCGGCCUUACUCGGAUAUUGA